ACACCAAACUUCUAAAUUCCAUAUUGAAUUUCGUUCAAGAGCCUCUUUCUUAACUUUCCAUUUUCGCGAACAACAUUUCGAGCGCUCCAUCACCACCCACCAAUUCCCGUCUCGAUUGCCAACUGAUUUAAUCAGAAACUGCAAUCAUGGGUAUCUCUCGCGACUCUCGCCACAAGCGCUCCGCAUCUGGUGCCAAGCGCGCCUUCUACCGGAAGAAGCGCGCUUUCGAGGCCGGCCGACAGGAGGCCAACACCCGUAUCGGUCCCAAGCGAAUCCACACCGUCCGCACCCGCGGCGGCAAUCACAAGUACCGUGCUCUGCGUCUCGACUCCGGUAACUUCGCCUGGGCCUCCGAGGGCACCACCCGCAAGACCCGUGUCAUCGGGGUCUCCUACCACCCUUCCAACAACGAGUUGGUCCGAACCAACACUCUUACCAAGUCCGCCGUCGUCCAGAUUGACGCUGCUCCCUUCCGUCAAUGGUAUGAGUCCCACUACGGCCAGCCCCUCGGCCGCAGACGUCAGCAGAAGUCUGGCAAGGAGGAGGAGGUCGUGAAGAAGAGCAAGGCGGUCGAGAAGAAGCAAGCCGCCCGAUACGCAGCCCACGGCAAGGUUGAGAGCGCGUUGGAGAAGCAGUUCGAGGCUGGUCGCCUCUUCGCUGUUAUUGCCAGCCGACCCGGCCAGAGCGGUCGCUGCGACGGAUACAUCCUCGAAGGAGAGGAGCUGGCUUUCUACCAGCGCAAGCUACACAAGUAGGCGAAGGUGUCGGGGGUGAUGGGAGGUUAGGCUUUGUGGUCACUGCAAAAUAUCAUGAGCAAUGGCACCGGUGUUUAUGGUUGCUCGUUUUCGGCAUGGAAUGGGAUAAAACCUUUACUAGGUUCUGAUCAAUAAAAGAUCAACGAAGACACUUGCAGUGCCUCCUACGA